AUGGCGCGCGACGACGCGGCGCCCGCGUCCGGCGACGCGCGCCUGGCGUGCGUCGAUUUCGAUCUCACCGUCCUCGCGCGGCACUCGUUCGCCGAGCGCGUCACGGUCGAGCGCGUCGAGGCGCUCGAGCUGCGCGACGUCGAGCGAGAGUUCGUCGACGUCGAGUGCUUUCGAGCGUUUUUAGAGUACGCGAAUCGACGAGGGAUGGAUGUGAAAAUAACGAGUUUUGGCAAGUAUGCGGUCAUACAAGCGUACGUCGAUCGCGUGUUGGGCGAGGGGGCGAUGACGCGAGCGGACAUUUCGACGCCGAGUCGCGUCGGCGUGAAGGAUGGGUGCGCGGUCGAGGGCGGGAAGAAUAGACAAAUAGAGGAACUUUUGCGCGAAAAGUACGGUGAAGACGCGUGGGAAAAGUUUAGGGGUACCGUGGUGUUGUUCGACGACGACGAGCGGAACGUUGAGGCGGCGAUUCGAGCGGGAUUUCGCGCGACGCACACGCCGGAUGGUUUGACGAAGGCGGCGAUUCAAAGCGUCUUCGGCGACUUUGAUUGA